AUGAGGCCCUCUUCUACUCGAUAUCAUAAUAUCUGCGUAAUCACACCCCUAAAGGAGGAGGAUCAAGUUGUACAAGACAUUAUUGAUGGUGCCAUCAAAUUCCCGAUUAAAUGGACAGCCCCAGAGGCCGGCUCAUCGAGUAGUCUAUUUAGUACUAAGUCUGACGUCUGGUCAUUCGGUGUUCUUAUGUAUGAAAUCGUCACUUAUGGCGGUACCCCAUAUCCCCGAUUCAACAACCGCGAGACACUUACGCAGGUUGAACGCGGUUACCGAAUGCCUAAUCCUGACUCUCCGAAAACGCCAUGUCCAAAUGAUCUCUACCAAAUCAUGUUACAGUGCUGGUCUCACCAUCCCGAGGACCGGCCCACCUUCCACAAUCUCUUUGAUAUAUUUGAAAAUUGGACUGUCCAAACGGAAGGUCAGUACAUUGCUGACGGUCCCCAGGCCAUUCAGACUAAUGCAUAA